CCUUGCUGAGAUUCAGAGUCGGCAGCGUGACUCUCCCUUGCGCCUAUUCUUGGUGGUAUGUCCUCACGGUCUGUUGUGUUUGGAUACCCUGACAACUAGAAGCUGGGAGGUAGCUACUUUCCAGUCUGCCGCCUCUCUGAACCCCCAGUGACACGAUGCCCAAGAGGGAUCAGGAGAGGGACCUGGAGUUGGAUAAGAAGAUCGAGGCUCUCCGCAGGAAGAAUGAAGCGCUCAUGAAGAGGUACAAGGAGGUGGAGGAGGACAGAAAAAGGGCAGAAGAGGAAGGAAUGGCGCUGCAGAGCCGCAAAGGCAAAGCUGAUGAUCUUACCAUCACAAUCAGCAAGUCAACCAGCCAGGAUAACCGUGUGGUGGUGACAAAGGCUUUUAGUGGCAGUUCACCAGCUGGGAAAGGACAGCAGGAGGCCGGAAUCGACAGGGGGGAAGAAGGCCCUCCACAGGCUGCUGGCCGAGGCCACAGGAAGCAGCUAACGGUCACCAUGGCUGGCAAAAAGGGUAAGAGGGUGGUGAGUGAGAGGCUGGAGAAGAGGCCUGGCCCUGCGGACAUCAAGAGCCCUACAGAUGACGGACAGACGAAACGUGUGGAGUCAGCGGGGAGGGGGAAGCAGCCACCUCACGUGACCAAGAGAGACACAGCAGCGCAGGAUGAGGUUAAACAAGGGCAGAAGCACACUGAGGAGCAUCACAGGCUUUCAGAGCAAUGCCAGGAGCCUGAGAGCCCACAGGCCAGCACAGACCUCAACAUCCCCACGUCGAAAGAGGAGCAGGAGGAGUAUCUGCGGUGGAAGAAAGAGCGUGAGCAGAUUGACAGGGAGAGAGUGGCACGUCACAAAAAUGCCAAGGGCCAGUGGAGACGGGCGUGGGACAUGGACAAAACCGAGAACAUCUCUGCUUUUAGGUUUUCAGACAAAUCCCUCCCUGACAGAGACUGGGGGCCUUCUAGCAGAGGUGGACGAAAUGCUAGACGAGGACAAUCCAGGGCGGGUGCUGAGUCAAGAGGUCACGAGAAGCGAGGCAAAGACAAGGGAACUAAAAAUGUGCUGGUGAUGAGCAGUAAAGCAAAAGGCAUAGAUCGUCUGACUGGGAGAGCCAGGAGAUGGCAGGCAAAUGAAGACGAAGAGAACCUACAGACGUCUGACACAACAUUAGAGGAAUUCUUGGAGGAAUUCGACGCCCUCACAGAUGCUGAGGUAGAAGAUCUGAAAGAUCACGACUCAAAACUGAAGCUGUCGCCCAGCCCAGAUUCACUGAGUGCAUCUGAGGAGGUGAGUGGAUCCACUGCUCCCGUGCCAGCUGCUACCCUGAGAGAGGACACCCCCACUCAGGGGAAGGCAGAGACCUCGUCCCCUCGGGGUUCAGAGAAAAAAGUACACUUCUCGGAAGAACUCGUCCAGGGCACUCACACAAAGCAAACCACAGGCUCCCAGGACUCUGCCAGCUCAGAAUCAAGAAGUCUGAGCUUCUUAAAAGCUUCCUCACCUAAAAAAACCCAACCUGAAGUGCAAAGGCCACAUCAGCCUCUUGAAAGUGCCCAGCAGGAUGAUGGUAGUCCUCAGGAUCAAGGAGGUGGUCCGUCUGCUCCUCCUGUUGCCCAGCAGCAGGCCUCUGAAACCGAAUGUACUAAAAAAGACAGCACCCCCUCCACAGCUCCGAGCUCCCUCUCCCCUGAAAAAGCCUGUGCCUCUCUACAGGAGACCUCUGUCCAGCCUGUAGAGCUUGCCAAGUGCAACAUCAGCAACACAAACACAGAGGAACUAAUAGAGUCUGGUCUGUCAGUCCUGAGCCUGGAGUCAGGAGAGACACACCCAACACACUCCACCAGCAGUGACAAGGCAAGAGAGCAUGGGAAGAUUGUUUGAUUGACAUUUUUGGGAUGUAAAUACUGAAGCCAAAUCACAGUAACACAGAGCCUUGCCUCUUUGUUUUUGGAUGCAUCAUUUUGCUUCAGGUAUCUCACUUGAGAUACCCUGUUUAUGGCUUACACACAAAACCAUGGUUUAAUUUUGCUGUGGCGUGUCCCACUUGUGGAAGUUUUCCAAUAUCUAAAAUUUGACGAAGGAAUGGUUUUGCCUGCAAAAUCAAAUAUUUUUUACAUCCAAGCACUUUAUGAGUAUUAAAGUACGUGUGCUGACAUACUAUUCAGUAUGUUUGUAUGCUGCUUGAGUGCAAUAUCAUUGAAUGUUUACAUUUGUAUGAAAAUUUCAAGCUACAUAUCAGGAGGCUAGCUAAUCAAUUACACAUAGGUAGCCCUUGAAAAUAAACUUAAUAAACAGCCACAGUCAAAUUAUCUAGUGCCUGACUCUUCCUCAGAGGUAUUUUCAAUAAAUGAAAGGAAGCCUGUAUUAUAUGACAAUAGAUUAGUGACAGACCUACAGUAGAGUCUGUAUUUCUACACUCAAAACUUGUGAGUAGAUAUUAUUUAUUAACUGCUUCCAGCAUCAGUCACAAAUUGCUAAUCAAUACAUUAUUGAAGGGCACAUUUGAGACUCAUUGUCUUAUUGGCCACUGACCAAGACAUUUCUAAAAUAUCACUAGUGACAUAAAUGUUUUUGUUAUUAAGAACAUUUAAAGGGCCACUCUUCUUCUGUGACUCUGGAGGAGCUUAAUAAAGUCUGACAUAAUAACCCUGAUGAUGUUAUAUUGAUGUCAUAUCACAAAAUGAUCAUGAAACGUCAACGAUACAAACUCGGGGUGUGAUGUUUUCCCGACAGAGAUGAUCUAACAAAGAAAUGCUAUCAAGUUGGAUUAUGGGAAAUGAAGUAUCCAGUGUUUUUGGAACUUGACCCAUACUAGGGACUAAAAGUCAGGAUGUUUUAGGCUACAUAGAUUUAGGCUAUUCUUAUUGUAAUCUGUCUCUCCAAUUUCAUCGAGGUAGAUUUAGAAAUUGAUAGAGUGCCCCUUUAAUUUUAGUCAGCUAAUAGGAGAAUCCACAUUACUGAUAUGAAAAUAUGUGGCUGUUUUAAAAAGUAAUCAGUGACACUGUGGCACCAAAAUCUCAAACUUGCCCUUUAACACAUUGUUAUUGUUUUAGAGUUUAUUUACAGCUGGAUCCCAAUUAUCUAGUCUUCCGCAGACUGACAGACAGACAGAUCUGCUUCUAAGCAUUUAAUAUGUAAUUGUAAUGUAUGCCUGUAGUUUCUCAAAUUUAAACAAUAGACAGAGAUAUGAAAUCGAAAAGACUAAUCACAAACUAAAUUUGGGAAGUACAUUACUUUCUGUAAUAGUUUGCUCAUGCUGUUUUUAAGCACCCAGUGUUAAAGAGUCCAGGUACAUAACAGCCUCCAACCUUGUUCUCUGUUAAGGCCCCUGUGGGGCCGACACUCUUGAGAUGUUGAAAAUAUCCAGGUCCACGAGCGUUCAGCCUUUAAUUCACAGUCAAAACACUGGGAUUCAGCUGUUAUUCCCCUUCAGCUUUGUUUUGUAAUUUGUUCUCUCACGAAAGACAACUAAUAUUUUUUGAAAGGCUUAAUUAAGAAUUUAGCCAGUUGUUGUGCCUUGCAUAUUGGCUUCUUCAUAUACUGAAGGUGUACCUUUAUGUCAUGCUUUGUAUCAUAACAUACAGUAGUGUUAAAUGUACUGUACUAACAGUGCAACUUCACUAUUGAUUUUAUUUAUUUGCCUCUCCAUUUGGACAACAGAAUGUUAACUAGAAGGAUUUUUGCAAUUCUAAAACAAUGUUUAUGUGCAUUAUAGUAGCUGUUUAUUCUCUGUGACAUGUAUGGAUUUGUUUGUAUUUAUUUAUUGCCAAUUAUUUUAUUAUUGGUAUCAAGUGGCAACUAUAAUGAGAAGCCUUACAAGAACUCCUCAAAGAAGUUUUUGGCUUUUGUCAACGCUACAGUAUAGUAAACAGUUAUGUAACCAGUCAGUAGAGAACAUAGUGGACAUGCUCUGAGCUGCAGGGCCUGGUCUGCUUAAACUGUGGUUACAUAAAAAUCAUCAGGAAUCUACUAGAAGCACACUGGGAAAAUCAAGACACGAGUCACACGGUUUGAGGCCCGUCCAGCCAUCAAGAAGGAUGUUGUGCUGUUUUGAAAAUGGGCCUUAUUCUAUAUUAUAUAUGGAAUUUUAAUGGAUGGUAAAUGAAACAUCUGUUGGAAAAUACAGAUUACCUCUGAAAUAUUUAAAAUUCCCUGUAUGAAAUUUAGGACCUACAACCAUAGAGAAGUUGUACAUUUGUCCUUGUUUAGCACUUCAUUUAGUUAGUAGACAUCUGCAUUGUCCCCUCGCUUAAAUGUCACAUUCAAGGGGUGGUUACAAUUGUCUUGCUCCACUUGGGUGUCCACUGCUGUCCUCCAUGUUUUCACAUACUUUCAUGAUGAAGGAAUGAUUGUGAGUGCUCGUGUAUGAGCGUGUGUCAAGGUGUGAUCCCAGCUUUUUACCGUUCAUAGUGCUCAUGCUAAUUAAAAUCUGUGUGCAACAUAGCUUCAUUUACUGUAGAACCGUUUGGAAGGAGUCAUACAGACUAUCAAUAAAGUUUUUCUGUAUUUCAAACUCAAA